AUGUUGACAUGGGAGCAACUGGGCGAGAUCGGAACCGCCGGCCAGCUAGUGGGCCUCGAUGCCGUUCGCCUGAUCGGGAUGAUCGUCCAGGCUGCUAACACGGCCCGCAUGCACAAGAAGAACUGCCGGCAGUUCGCUCAGCACCUGAAGCUGAUCGGGAACCUACUGGAGCAACUCAGAAUCUCGGAGCUGAAGAAAUAUCCUGAGACGCGAGAACCGCUGGAGCAGCUGGAAGACGCUCUCAGAAGGUCUUACGUGCUGGUGAACAGUUGCCAGGACCGGAGCUAUCUGUAUCUACUGGCCAUGGGGUGGAAUAUCGUUUACCAAUUUAGGAAGGCCCAGACAGAGAUCGACCGGUAUCUGAAGCUCGUCCCCCUCAUCACUCUCGUUGACAACUCCAGAGUCAAGGUGGACAUCCUUCUUUCAUUACUUUCUUCUUUCCGCAGUACAUUCUUCAGCUUCAAGACUAAAAUUUUGUUCCUAAAUUUUGAAAGUGGGUUGUAGUUUCUAAAAUGGCUCCGAUUGCUGAUGCAUACUUGUUACAGUCGUCCUUUUUCUUAAAUAUUUUCAUAUUUUCAUACUUCUUCAGGAAAGGCUGGAAUGCAUUGAAAGGGAUCAGUGUGAGUACACUUUGGACGAAGAGGACAGAAAGGUGCAAGAUGUCAUACUGAACCGUGAUCCUUCUGAUGAGGGCGCGAUGGUGCUCAAGAAGUCCCUCACUGGCUCAUACCCAAACUUGCCAUUUGAUAAGGCCCUGAAGAAAGAAAAUGAGAAACUUAAUUUAGAACUACAGAGAUCACAGGAUGUCAGUCAGUAUGAAGUCAUUCAGCAUUUGCUUGGAGUGACAGAAGCCGUGGCAAAUGCUCUGAAAGAAAGGGAUUCUCAACUCAAGAACGUGAAGAAGGUGGAUGAACAUCGCUCGAAGGAUCAGAGCAUCAAAGAACAUGAUUUUGGCCAGAGGUACAUUCUCUUCUUGAAGAUGAAUGCUGUGAUCCUGUACAGGGUUAGAACGUGAACCCCCAUCAAAUUUCUUUCAUAUUAAGUGAGGAGGAACACAUAACACAAUAGUUUAUAAUUCCUUGGCUUUAUUACUUAAAGCUAACAGAUCUUGUGCGCCAGGCUUGUUUAAUCUUGAUUUUCAAACACAAUUCCAUCGCUCUGGUUUCCCCACUGAUCCAUUGACAAGCUCAUUCGGGGUGCACCCUGUUUCGAUCUCAAUCUCAGGUGUGGUUCCUCAGUACUAUCAGGCCAUAACUCGAUCUCAGCUGUCUCACGCGGACAUGAAGAAUGGCACUUUGACUUACUGGAUUGUUGCUCCGAACCUUAUUUGUGUAAGUCAAUUAAAAAUCUGGCCUCGGCUCGGUUCUUGUUCUAAAUAUAUUCAUUCAUCGCAUUAUCUCGUAUGAUUUAAUUUCCGCGGAGCCUCUUCAAUGUACUCCGCAACCCUAUUCCAUCAUGGAAUCCGCUUGACAUCUCGCAGGCAUGAAAACGUUCUUCUGUCCCUGCGGAACUUUCUCUAAGAUAGCGUCUGUUGCCAGAAAUAGGCAAAUAUGUGAGUGUCUACUCCGAUCGCAGCCAUUAUUAAGGUAAAAUUUGCUGGUUUUACUGAUUACUGACCUGCUUGAUCGUUCAUCAGCUCCAGAGGAGACAUGCAAUGAUCUGAUGGCCUAUUCAUUGAUUCUAUCUUGCUGCUGCUAUACCUGCUGCGUUAGAAGGAAGCUUCGCAAAAUGCUGAACAUCACGGUAAUCAUAUUCUCAUCUCUUUUGUGGAAACCGUGUUAGUUAUGAUACAUCUCUGUAAUUUCCUUGUGUUUAGCUCUCAACGUCAACACGCUCUGAAAUAGUUCUCCCGUGUCGGUGGUAGGGUGGACUUUGCGAUGACUUCCUGUCCCACUUGAUCUGUUGCUGCUGCGCGCUUGUCCAAGAAUGGCGAGAGGUGGAGGCCCGUGGAAUCCAUGGGAACACGAAGACUAGCCCACCAUCCUUCCAGCGCAUGGAAUCGUAG